UCUCCACUACAGUCUAUGUCUCCACCUAACGGCAGGCACUUGAAGGCAGCAUAUGAGCUACACGGGAGCAGAGAAGAUUCUUACAGCGUGGAUAUGUCGGACCCGGCGGCGCAGGCCUUGCAACCCCGGCUUCUCCAAGCCCAGUCUACUGGGUUAGCUGGGUCCAGUACUGCCGCGACAGGCUCCGGGUCAGGGAAUAGCGACCCAGCCAGACCGGGACUUAGCCAGCAACAACGUGCAAGCCAGAAGAAAGCCCAAGUCCGAGCUUUCCCACGGGCGAAAAAGCUUGAGAAACUUGGUGUAUUCUCCGCAUGCAAGGCUAGUGACACAUGCAAGUGCAAUGGAUGGAAAAACCCAAAUCCACCAUCAGCCACACGUAUGGAUCUGCAACAACAAGCAGCCAGCCUGAGCGAGCCGUGCCGCAGCUGUGGACAUGCUCUGGCUGAUCAUGUUUCCCACUUGGAGAAUGUUUCUGAGGAUGAGAUUAACAGGCUGUUGGGGAUGGUGGUGGAUGUGGAGAACCUUUUUAUGUCUGUACACAAAGAGGAAGACACUGACACCAAACAGGUCUACUUCUACCUGUUCAAGCUGCUGAGGAAAUGCAUCCUGCAGAUGAGCCAGCCAGUUGUAGAGGGAUCUCUUGGAAGUCCACCCUUUGAAAAGCCUAACAUCGAGCAGGGGGUUUUGAAUUUUGUUCAGUAUAAGUUCAGCCACCUGGCACCAAAGGAAAGACAGACCAUGUUUGAGCUGUCAAAGAUGUUCCUCUUAUGCCUAAAUUACUGGAAGCUGGAGACGCCAACGCAGUACCGCCAGCGCACCCAGAAAGAUGAUGGGACAGCAUACAAAGUGGACUACACCAGGUGGCUGUGCUACUGCCAUGUCCCCCAGAGCAACGACAGCCUACCGCGCUAUGAAACCACUCAGGUGUUUGGUCGCAGCUUGCUCAAGUCCAUUUUCACUGUGACCCGACGCCAGCUCCUGGAGAAGUUCAGAGUGGAGAAGGACAAACUUCUACCAGAGAAACGCACACUCAUCCUCACACACUUUCCCAAGUUCUUGUCCAUGCUGGAGGAGGAAAUCUAUGGUGAGAAUUCACCCAUCUGGGAGGCUGACUUCACCAUGCCCGCCUCUGACGGCACACAUCAGACAGUGAUCAGUCCUGCUGCAGUGUCCGGCUCCCCCGCUCUGCCCAAGGGUCUGAGCAGCAUCUCCUCUCUGGGCAGCAUGGACACUGGAGGUGCAGAGCCCAUCACAGGAGAAAAACGUAAACUUCCGGAGGCGAUGACCCUGGAGGAUGCCAAGCGGAUCCGUGUGAUGGGAGACAUUCCUAUGGAGCUGGUCAAUGAAGUCAUGAUGACAAUCACUGACCCUGCUGCUAUGCUCGGACCAGAGACUAAUCUGCUGACGCCAAACGCUGCCCGUGAUGAGACUGCCAGGUUGGAGGAGAGGCGGGGAAUCAUCGAGUUCCAUGUCAUUGGAAACUCGCUUUCCCAGAAGUCCAACAAGAAGAUCCUGAUGUGGCUGGUUGGCCUGCAGAAUGUCUUCUCUCAUCAAUUACCUCGCAUGCCCAAAGAGUACAUCACACGACUGGUGUUUGACCCGAAGCACAAGACCCUUGCCCUUAUCAAAGAUGGCCGCGUCAUCGGUGGCAUCUGUUUUAGGAUGUUUCCCACUCAGGGCUUCACAGAGAUCGUCUUCUGUGCCGUCACAUCCAAUGAGCAAGUUAAGGGCUACGGUACCCACCUGAUGAACCACCUGAAGGAGUAUCACAUUAAACACAACAUCCUCUAUUUCCUCACAUACGCUGACGAGUACGCCAUUGGCUACUUCAAGAAGCAGGGCUUUUCCAAAGACAUCAAAGUGCCGAAGAGUCGAUACCUGGGAUACAUCAAAGACUAUGAGGGCGCGACGCUCAUGGAGUGUGAGCUGAACCCUAGAAUCCCCUACACUGAGCUCUCUCAUAUUAUUAAAAGACAGAAAGAGAUCAUUAAGAAGCUGAUUGAGAGGAAACAGACCCAGAUCAGGAAGGUUUACCCAGGUCUCACCUGCUUCAAAGAAGGUGUACGACAGAUCCCAGUGGAGAGCAUUCCAGGCAUAAGAGAGACAGGCUGGAAACCCAGUAACAAGGACAAAGGGAAAGAGGUGAAGGAUCCUGACGUGUUAUACAACAUGUUGAAGAACCUCCUGGCUCAGAUAAAGACUCAUCCUGAUGCCUGGCCCUUCAUGGAACCAGUGAAAAAAUCGGAGGCUCCAGAUUAUUACGAGAUCAUCCGCUUUCCCAUCGACCUGAAGACCAUGACUGAGAGACUGAAGAAUAGAUACUAUGUGACCAAGAAGCUUUUCAUCGCUGACCUGCAGCGAAUCAUCACCAACUGUCGCGAGUACAACCCUCCAGACAGCGAGUACUGCAAGUCUGCCAACACCUUGGAGAAGUUCUUCUACUUCAAAUUAAAAGAUGGAGGCCUGAUCGAGAAAUGAACUUAGCCAUAGAAUUAUUUACCGAUUUCUGAACAGACGAGGAGCGACUUUCACCGCUGCCGCGCACCAAGACGGAGCAGAUCGCGAGGGAAAUAUCUCUAGCUAUUGUCAUAUCUGAGUUAAUAAAAGGGUAUGUACCUGACUGAAAAAUUUUACAAGGAAAUUGUUGGACUUGAACAAACAUAACAGAGGGUUGUUUGGAAAUAUCAGAGCCAGUUGAGCAUUACAAUGUGUCAAAAUGGCAUUACCUUUUCCCUUGAAGUUAUCUUUUGUCAUCUUUCUUUUUUCCUGUACACAGUGGGUUAAUAAUCUGCAUAUACAUGUUUCAUUAAGUGUACCAAAGUUAUAGGUCCAAGUUAUAACAAUGCCACACUUUCCACCAUUAUUUAUAGUAUGAUUGACCCGGUUUUGUUGCAUUUAAUGACAUUUGUUCAUUCCAAUUUGCUUAAAACUUGUCACUCAAGCAGAUGUAUAUGUAGUGUAGAGUUCUUUUCGCAGAAAACUGGACCUCGGGACCUAAAGCCAAGUUGCCUUCCGUUACUGACGGACACUUGAACAUCCCAGCCAUCGUUGUGGGUUUUAAGACAAACGUUCUUUGAGAGGUGAAGUCCUUAAAACACUUGGCACUGAAAGGGCAGUACUUUGACUCUUGAGAAGUCUUGAAACGAUUUAAUCUGUCGAUUGGAGAAAAAUUAAUCAAAUGCAUAAGUAAUUUAUGAAGUGCAAAUACCGUCACAAUUGCUGCUUUUAGCUCCUUUUUAAAAUUGAGGAUUUGUAGCUUUUCUUCCUGUAUAUUGAAUAUCUUUGGAUAUUAUUGACUGUUGGUCAGAGAAAAGGGCAAUUAUUUAUCAUUUGGGCUUCAGGGACAUAAUUUUUUAACAUUCUUCAUUCUAAACAAAUGAUUAUGAAAGUAUCACAGAUUAACCGAUAAUAAAAAUUGCUUGUUGCAGCCCUACUCUUGAGUAGACUGCUAGUGAUGGACUGGGCAUCAAAUAUUUCCAGCACUUGUGUGCUAAACAAAAUAAUUUCCCCAAUCGUUGCCUUCAAGAAAACACUGUUUUCAUGUUGACAACACCAUAAUAGAUACUUAUUUGUACAGUAAAUAUGACACAUACUGUUUAUACACCAUUUUCCACUGGCAGGGUUUUGUUCCAAACCAUUUCGGAUGAGGUCACAUAUUAGUAUAGCAUUUUACCAUGCUUGCAGGUGUGAUACUGUAGUUGUUAGCAUUGAUUUGUUCUGUUGCUAGACUCUGUAGUACAGUCACUUCCACACACAUAUGCUAAGUAGUCUAUUUAGUGUACAGCCACAUGUUUGUGGUGUUCACAGGUUUACUGGAUGGUUUAUGUUAAGAUCUGAACAUGGUGGGGGAGAAGCUAACCGGCAGUCCUCAUAGUGACUCUGGGCUUUUGGAAAGACAAUAACUGGUUUAUUUAUCACACCAUACACAAGCUGUAGUGGGUGUUUAAUGCAUGUCGGACAGUUUACAAUUUGAAUUAAUGAAAACCAUCCAACUUUUAGCCACUGUUGCAGUUGUUUCUUUUUUCUUUUUACAGUGUUAGAACAUUGUAAUAAAAUGUUUAAAACAUUUCUUUGUUCAGCGGUCAGUGUCAAACAGAGUGCUUCCUGAGAUGCAUCUAUGGGAAGUAACUGUCCAAUGCUGGUUGAGCCUGCUUAUUGAAUGUUCCAUUGACUUGUGUAUGUGUGUUUGUGUGUCUGUGAGUGUGUUUAUUUUGUACUUGAAUCAUGACUAGCUUUGAAUUACUGAAGUGAUGUCAGUGUUGCAUUAUUCAGGGUUGUCAAUUGUGUACUUCUCCCUCAAUCUACCUAUGCUGCAUUUCAGAUUUCCCUAAAAGGUCAGUCUGAGUGAACCCCGUUUGAGGAUGGCUACUGUCUCUACUUAUGGUAUAAAUGCCAUUUACUGUAACUGUAAUACUGUUCAUAACAAUAAAGUUUUUUUAUUAACAAUU